AUGGAGUCUGCUAGCGAGGCUGUUGUCGCGCUACCCAAGCUGGCCCUUCGCCUCUUCCAUCAUACAAUUCCCACCUACCCGACCCACUCCGAAACCCCGGACCAGGCCUUCGUCCGGGCACCCCCGGGGGGGGAUACGCUGGUGGUGACGGUCAGCAUCGGACCUAAGACAUACGCCCAAGACUGGCCCUUGGUCCCCCUCAGGGCUCGUAUGAGGCCCACCGACGAGCCCCUGGAUAAGGCCCUGACCCGCCUCGCUAAGAACCUCACGGCCAAGCCAUCCAAGAAGGAGAAGCGCAAGAAGCCCCCGGGCCCCUCCGCUGACACCUCCCUGGACGAGGGCGCCCCCGGAGUGGGGGCGGUGCUGUACGAGGAUCCGGAGGGGACACGUCCUCUGGACCGCACCCUCCCCAACGGUGUGGCCUGGCUGCGGGCUGCAUUGCUGGAGGUGGCGGGGGAGAGGUUCGUGGUGGAGGUAAACCCGCCCACAGUGGACAAGCUCUCCAUCGACCGUGUAGCUAUGGUGGGGUACUCCACUGCGGCCGCCGUAUCGCUGUCGUACUCGGACGCAAGCGCUUGUAAGUGGCGCUGGAGUGCCCAGCGGCCUGGCGGCAGUAGCGACGGCUGGGUUGACCUGGGCUGUAGCACGCAGUACUACACACCCACAGCGGCGGAUAAGGGCAGUGUACUUAGGGUGGAGUGUACACCGGCGGCCUUUCGUAGCCGCCGGAGGAGGUGUCAACACCACAAGCAGCAGCAGCAGGAGCAGCGGCAGCCGGGCGAUGGCAAUGACGGGAUGGCUGGGGGACCGGACUUGGAGAUGGCUACUGCCCCGGUCUCCGACGGGGCUGUGGUCGGUGCGGAGGAUGUGGUCGACAGCAGCGAGAUGGAGCUGUGGCUGGGGGAGACGGUUUCCUGCGUGACGGGCCCCGUGCAACAUGCAUCCCAGAACUGCUCCGCGACCAUCCGCUGCAUUCACACGCCCACUGCCGUACAGCCGCCCGGGUUCCGGAUCCUGUCGUACAAUAUCCUGGCCGACCAGUACGCGGGCUCCACGUACGCGCAGAACGUCCUCUUCAACUACUGCCCCCCUGAGUGUCUAGACCCCGGCUACCGCCGUCCGCUGGUGCUCCGCGAGCUGCUGGGGUACCGGGCGGAUGUGAUUUGUCUGCAGGAGGUGGACGAGAGGGCCUUCACGGACUUCUUCACGCUGCAUCUGGGGCUGCAAGGUUACUCCGGACACUACACCAACAAGCAGGGCCGGGUGCGGGAGGGCAGCGCCACCUUCUGGCGCACGUGCCGCUUCACCGCCCUGGCCCACAAGGACAUCCGCCUGCGGGAGGCCUUUGCGCGCCCCCUGCCACCCCUGCACGCACAGUUCGAGCCGCUGCUGGCCGCCAGCCCGGAGCUCACGGCGGCGCUUCAACAGGUCACCACCAUCGCGCAGGCGACGCUUCUAGCUCCACUGGAGGGGCAGGGGCACGGCGCCACGGGUGGUGGAGGUGGCGGUGGCUGUCUGUGUGUGGUGAACACACAUCUGUUCUUCCACCCGUACGCCCCCCACAUCCGCACCAUGCACACCGCCGCCAUCCUGGAGGAGGUGGCGGCCUUUCUGGAGCGAUGUGCCGCCGACCCGGAGCUGGCGGGGGCGCUGGGGCCCCGCCGACCCACGGUACUCUUCGUGGGCGACUUGAACAGCGACCUUAAUGACGGCAUCCCGGGUGUCAUCGAGCUGCUACGUCGGGGAAAGCUGCCCGCCGACUACUGGGACUGGGUGCAGGGCGCCGCCUUCAAAUGGGGCAUGGGUGAGGAGGAUGCGGAAGCCAUGGCCCAGGGUACGGCCCAGAUCGCUGCCGCCGCAGCAGCGGUAGCAGCUGCCAAACCUGCUGCAGCGGUGGAGGAACAAGCGACGCCGGCCAGCCCUGCUGCCGUACCUGGCAAUGGUUCAGCCGUGCCUCAUGCUGCGUCCCCCACCACAGCCGUGGACACGGCGUCGGCAUCGGCAUCCCUGAGCUCGUUGUUCGCGGCCGACGGCCAUGCAUUCGAUAGCGCUGCCGCCGCGCCGCAUUCACCUAUCGCCGUUACGGGCAUCGACAUCACCUCGCCGUUCGUACUGCGCAGCGCUGACGACUUGGCGACGCCGUACACCAACUACACGUCCGGAUAUAAGGCCCUUCUGGACUACGUGUGGUACGAGGAGUCCGCGCUGCGAGUGGUGCGGUCGGUGCCCAUCCCGUCGGAGGGGGAGCUGGGCUCCUUCAUCCCAUCACCCGCCUUCCCGUCAGACCAUUUAGCGGUCGUGUACGACAUGGAGUGGCGGUAG